GCGGAUAUUCAAAUGAUGAUUUUAUUUUUGGAAGGUGGGUGAGUUUCACAAAAGCGGACAACUUUAUUCUUGUAUUUUCUUUCUUCUCUUUCGGUUACUGUUAUGAAAUUCAAGACAGAGAUCCGACAGAGAAAAUCUGCACCUACAGCGGCUCUUACUGCUGACAAGGAAGACACCAAGAAAACAGUAGUCAACAGCAACAACAAUAACCUCAUUGCAGCUUUAUUGUUUCUAGUGUCAUUGCCUGUCCGUUUUAAAAAUGUGGCCUUACCUGCUCAAGUAGUUUUUGAUGAGGUCCAUUUUGGAAAAUAUGCUGCCUAUUAUAUUAGACGUUCCUUUUUUUUCGAUGUGCAUCCACCUUUGGCAAAGCUGUUGAUUGCCUUUGUUGCUUGGAUUUCCGGGUUCAAGGGAGAUUUCGAUUUUGCAGAGAUUGGAAAUGUCAUACCCGAGAAUGUACCUUAUGUCCAGAUGCGUGCUUUUGGAGCGCUCUUUGGAGCAUUAAUUGUCCCUCUUUCUUAUUUAACAAUUCGUGAUGCUGGUCAUUCUAAAAUUGCUGCUACAUUAACUGCCUUGGCAAUUUGUUUCGAAAAUGGACUGAUUACAAACAACAGAUUGGUUCUUUUAGAUGCCUACCUUUUGUUUUUCAUUGCAUUCACUGUAUUUUCAUGGAAUAGGUUUUAUAACUUAAAGAGAUCAUUUGACCGGAGUUGGUAUUUUUGGCUACUCUGUUCCGGGAUCGGAUUGGGAUGCACUGUCAGUACUAAAUGGGUGGGUUUGUUUACCGUUGCCACUAUAGGCGUAUCUACCAUAAGACAACUCUGGAAAAUAUUGGGUGAUAUCACUGUAACCAAGCGUUUAUAUGCACUUCAUUUCUUUAGCAGAGCUAUAUGUCUUAUUAUUGUGCCUGUAUCCAUUUAUAUUGGGUCAUUUUAUAUUCAUUUGUCAAUUUUAGAUAGGUCUGGACCUGGAGAAUCGUACAUGGAGAUGCAAACACAAAAUGAGUUGAAAGGAUAUUAUCCCAUUGACACACCUCGUCCUAUUGUCUAUGGCUCUAUUAUUACUAUCCGUCAUCUCGAAACAACAGGUGGAUUCCUUCAUUCUCAUAAGGCUAAUUAUGCUGAAGGAUCUCAGCAACAGCAAGUGACAUUAUACCCUCAUCGUGAUAACAAUAAUUGGUGGAGAGUGUUGAAAUCAGAUAAUUCUGAAGAACCCAAAAAUGACUUAUUGGCUAGUGACAAUACGACCUGGUUACAGUACGUACGUGCUGGUGAAACGAUUCGCCUUGAGCAUGUUGAGACUGCGCCUCUUAAACUCCAUAGUCAUGAUAUACCCGCUCCUGUCACGGACACAGAUUACAACAAAGAAGUCAGUGCUUAUGGAUUUCCCAACCAUGAGGGUGAUGCCAAUGAUAACUGGCUUUUGAAGAUCGAUGAGGAUAGUCGCAUACCUGAAGCAGGUCAAUUUCUUCAAGCUCGUCGUAGUAAGUUCCGUUUGAUGCAUACGUACCAAGAUUGUUAUUUGUAUGCUAGCUACGAGAGACUUCCUGAUUGGGGGUAUGAUCAGCAAGAGAUAUCUUGUAUCAGUGAGGCCUUAAAGCCUAAAACUAUGUGGCAAAUUGAUGAAUCUCAAAACCCUAUGUUGCCAGAAAAUGUUGUAAUGGAGCCUGAACACCGUCCCGACUUUCUCCAAAAAUUUCUUCGCUUACACAAAGCCAUGUGGACUAUUAACAGUGAACUCACUGAGACACAUCCCUUCGAAUCUCGUCCUCAUGAAUGGCCUCUUCUCUUGAGCGUCAUUUCGUUCUGGCAAACAGAAACCAAUCAAAUUAUCUUGCUUGGUAAUCCUCUUGUUUACUGGUCAUCUACAGUUGCCGUCUUGACAUUUUUUAUCUUGUACGGGUUCUUUCAAUUACGUCAAAAGCGUGGCUUCAAAGACUCUUUUGGUGGCCUUCGUGCGUAUUACGAAACCUCUGCCGGAUUCUUUGUCAUGGCCUGGACUUUUCAUUAUCUUCCCUUUUUCAAAAUGGAGCGACAAUUGUUCAUCCAUCAUUAUAUGCCCUCUCUUUACUUUGCUGUCUUGACUUUGGGCGUCGGUUUCGAUAUAUUAUUGAGACGAUUCCCUCGUGUCAUGAAGUUGGGUGUCUUGGUCUUAUCGAGUGUUUGCCUUAUUUAUACAUGGUGGGUCUACUCACCUCUUGCAUACAGUGGCGAGUGGUCUCUGGCACAGUGCGAAAAUGCAUCGCUUCUAAAGUCCUGGGGUUUAAGCUGUGAGACAUAUACUCCUUUGGGAUCCCCUGAAAGAUUAAUCAUGGAAAACGUUGAAGUCACUACUAAAGAAUCCGAGAUUGUGUAUGAUGGAGAGGAAGAAGAUAAGGCUGAGGACAGCAUUCCCAUGCCUACAGAUGCACCUGAACCGCCCGAAUACGAGCCUGAAUUUAUUGAUGGAAAAGAAGUAGUAUAUGAAGACGAUGACGAAGAUGAGGAUGAAUGGCCUAGAACCAUCUACGGUGUAGAUCCUGACGCAGAUGAAGAUGAUGAAGUAACACCCUUGACGGUCCGAAAAAUCCCCCUUACUAAACAUCUUGAUUUAUAA